CACAGCUACAAGAAGGGUGGAGUGGCCUCCGGUUUUCACCACGUCGACACCAACGUCUACAACAUCCUGCGACUGCUCCACGUGAAGGGGAGGAAGCACGUCACGGCCACAGAGGUGGAGGUGUCGUGGAGCAGCUUCAAUAAAGGAGACAUAUUUCUGCUGGACAUGGGGAAAGCCCUAGUGCAGUGGAACGGCCCGCAGAGCAACAGGAGGGAGAUGCUGAAGGCCGUGCUGCUCGCCCAGGACAUCCGGGACAGGGAGCGAGGCGGCCGCGCCCAGAUCGGGGUGGUGGAGGGCGCGGACGAGCAGGCGUCGCCGGAGCUGAUGAGGGUCAUGACGGCGGUGCUCGGCCAGCGGACGGCGCCGCUGAAGGAGGCCGUGCCCGACGACGGCCCCGGCGACGCGCCGGGCGGCAGCGUCAAGCUCUACCACGUUUUCGAGAACAGCGGGAAUCUGGUGGUGCAGGAAGUGGCCGCGCAGCCGCUGACGCAGGACCUGCUGAGCUCCUCUGACUGUUACAUCCUGGACCAGGGAGGAUCCAGCGUGAUGGUGUGGAAAGGCAAAAAUUCCUCCAAGGAGGAGCGACGAGAAGCUCUGAACAGGGCCAUGGGCUACAUCAAAGCCAAGAAGUACCCGUCCAGCACCACUGUGGAGGUGAUGAACGAGGGGGGAGAGUCAGCCAUGUUCAAGCACUUGUUCAAGUCCUGGAGAGAUAAAGGCCAAACCCAGGGGCUGGGAACCACCUACAGCGCGGGGAAGAUCGCUAAAGUGGACCAGGUGAAGUUCGACGUGAUGGAGCUCCACGCGCGCCCUGAGCUGGCGGCGCAGCAGCGCAUGGUGGACGACGGCUCCGGAGACGUCAAGGUGUGGCGCAUCGAGAAGCUGGAGCUGGCCGACGUGAAGCCCAGCACGUACGGGCAGUUUUAUGGCGGCGACUGCUACCUGGUGCUGUACACGUACCAGAUAUCCAACCAGCAGCAGUACAUCCUCUACAUGUGGCAGGGCCGUCAUGCCACCAGCGAUGAGAUCACAGCCUCGGCCUAUCAGGCUGUCAACAUAGACAACAAGUACAACGGAGCCCCGGUCCAGGUCCGGGUGGUCAUGGGAAAGGAGCCUCGACACUUCCUGGCCAUCUUUAAAGGCAAACUCAUCAUCUUUGAGGGAGGCACAGGUCGCCCGGGCGUCACCAAUCCUGACAACGGCGCCAGGCUCUUCCAGGUGAGAGGGACUAAUGAGCUCAACACCAAGGCCACAGAGGUUCUGGCAAGAGCCUCGUCCCUCAACUCAAACGACGUGUUCCUGUUGAAGACCGACCAAACGUGCUACUUGUGGUACGGAAAGGGCUGCAACGGGGACGAGCGGCUGAUGGGGAGAGCGGUGUCUGAUGUGCUUUCCAAACAGGACAAGCAGGUGGUGAUGGAGGGCCAGGAGCCAGCGGAGUUCUGGGUGGCGCUCGGAGGCAAGGCGCCGUACGCCAGCGACAAGAGGCUGCAGAGGGAGGAGCCUCCUCACAGCCCGCGGCUCUUCGAAUGCUCCAACCAGACGGGUCAGUUCAGGAUGACCGAGGUGGACGACUUCGCUCAGAGCGACCUGGACGAGGAGGACGUGAUGCUGCUGGACACCUGGGAGGAGAUUUUCUUGUGGGUCGGAAACUUAGCUAACGAGUACGAGACCAAAGAGGCGUUGCAGAGUUCUCAGGAGUACCUGAGGACCCACCCGGCGGGCCGAGACCCCGACACGCCCAUCACCUUCGUCAAGCAGGGGUACGAACCGCCCACGUUCACCGGCUGGUUCAGCGCUUGGGACCCGCACAAGUGGAGCGGAGGAAACUCCUAUGAGGAGAUGAAAGCAAAGCUGAGUGAUGCAGCAUCUGUCUCACAGAUCACUGUAGAUUUGAACAGUGCUAAUCUGAGCAACAGCACUGGGAUGAGUGGGGGAGGAUACAGAGCUCCAGGGGGGCCUGUGAGCCCCUCUCCACUGUCCAAAGUGCAAGUGGUGGAUCUCUCCUCAAACUCAUCCACUCCCACCAGCCCAUCCAACAAAAAAGGCCAGUCCAUGGCUCCGUCCCCAUCCACCGUAGAUGGUGGCACUGGGAUGUAUCUGAACCCCCAGCUUCUUCUCAACAAGUCUCCCAGUGACCUGCCGCAGGGGGUGGACCCCACUAAGAGAGAGGUCUACCUGUCGGAUCUGGAUUUCGAGAACCUGCUCGGCACCAAACGUGCAGACUUCCAGCGCUUGCCAAAAUGGAGGCAGAACGACUUGAAGAAAAAAGCCGGACUUUUCUGAGAAAGGCUCAUUGUUAAACAGAAAAGAAAAGCUGCCAAACCAGUCCCACGAAGCCAGAUAAAGGCCAUUGUGAAACACGCUGCGAGGCUGCAUUACAGCUGUUUGAGAACUAGGAGUGGUAGAAAGGCUUUAAUCAUGUCAUCUGAAACUAUUACUGCGAGUUAGAAUGAUUAAAACUGCAGCGUAGAAUUAUGUAGCUUAACUUGAUUGUUAUUAAAAUGACACAUUUCAUGUAAACUAAUUUAUAUAAAAACGUUUUGUUAUAGUUUCUAAAGCUUUAUACAUGCAUCUAUAUUUUAAAUGUUUGUGAUCAUAACUUGAUCUCACCAUAUGACAUGCGUUUGCAGAAUCAAUUAAUAUAUAAUAAAUAAACAAAUACACAAAACAACCUUUAGGGUUUUAUUCGGAGACAGUGCAGGUGAAUACAGAUGAGUAGAAAUGCUGAACACACUUCUAUGGAAAAGCGCUUUUGUUCUGUAUAAAAGGAUGAAAAUAUUGGGAUUUGUUUUAUGCAAAAUACCUGAUGUAGUAAACAUUGUACAACGCGUCUCGAUUAUAUAUUACAGUUAAUAUGCUCCAAUUAAAAAAAAAAGAGCAAA